UCCAAAUGUCCUACCUCACCAAAUCGGUUGAACGUCCACAACACUCAUCGUCCUCAACGAUCCUCUUCCCAACCGGAUUUACUCGCUCUCGACAUGCUGGCCGGAACAAUGCGAGGGCAUGGGACCUCUGCUUUCCAUUCUACCAUGGACAAUAUGCCUUACAGCAACUCCGUUGGUGCUGGGGCCGGUUCAACUGCACGGGAUCAGAAUUGGUCCGUGAUACGUGUUUGGCGCGCCGGUGAUGCCGGAAGGGAUCAAACAAGUAAGCUGGUUCUCUUGCCCCGGAAACAGACCAAUGCAAUGGAAGCGACUCGUUUGGCGUUGGAAGAAUUUGGUUUAUCAGAAGAUGAACUGGAAUCCUAUUGCCUCUAUCAUGUUACUGUGGAAUCCGGCCCGAUUGUGAAACAGAGUCGCUUGGCCAAUACAACAGACGAUUUACCCGGUCGGUUAACCUUGAACGCUCGCUAUUACCUCAAACACAAUCGUUAUCACGAUCCGCUGGUGGCUGACGAUGUGGCUCGUAACAUUCUUACGGAAAGUCGUGUGACCUUCAUGCAAUCGACUGAAUAUAUCGACGAGGUGUUUGGCCUGACUGCUGCCUCGGAGGCCUGUUUGACUGCGGGUGAGAAUGGCAUUUCCACACAGGCAGUCUCACCCCCAACCGGGUACGCCACGGGACACGAGAAUUUGGACCGAUUCACUGAGCUUGUGAAUCGUGAAGCCUACUGGGCUCCCACGGAGAUUUGCAACGAAAACAAUUUGAAUCGUCGGGUGGAUUUGCUCAAGCGCUUUAUCAAGGUAAACAUGCUCCGAACCCCGAUUCCUUGUGUCGCCCAUUAUCUUCAACUUUUGCAGUUACCCGAUACACUAUUGUACCUGUGGUAUAUUAUUGGUGCCUCAUGCAAUUUGCCAUUCCAAGCUCUACUGCUCACCCCGUCGGUUCGCAUAACCGAACUUUCAUCAUGA